CACUUUACAACUUUAAGUUUUUCUUUGUCAAAAAAAAAAAAAAAACUUUUAAGUUUUUAACGAUUAACGAAAACAAAUGAUAGCAAAAAGGGUCAAAGAUUCAUUCAAAAAACCGUUGGAAUUGUAGCAACUUUCAGUUGUCACUUAGCAAAAUCAUCAUGUCUGGAUUGGAGGAACUAAGAAAAAAGCUUGCGCCAUUGUUUGAUGCUGAAAAGGGCUUCUCAGCCGGGUCAACUUUGGACCCUUGUGAUUCUUACACUCUAUCCGAUGGUGGGACUGUUAAUUUGUUGAGUAGAUCGUAUGGAGUGUACAAUAUUAAUGAGCUUGGGUUGCAAAAGUGUACGUCUUCGCCGGUGGAUGAGACGGAUGGUAGUGAAAAGACAUACAAAUGUGCUUCACAUGAGAUGAGGAUAUUUGGUGCAAUCGGUAGUGGAGCAAGCAGUGUAGUUCAGAGAGCUAUACAUAUUCCUAAUCAUAGAAUUUUGGCCCUGAAGAAGAUAAAUAUCUUUGAGAAGGAGAAAAGGCAACAGCUUCUUACUGAGAUACGGACAUUGUGUGAAGCUCCUUGUUAUCAGGGUCUCGUAGAAUUCCAUGGGGCAUUUUAUGUUCCAGAUUCUGGGCAAAUAAGCAUAGCUUUGGAGUACAUGGAUGGAGGGUCAUUGGCAGAUAUCUUAAGAUUGCAGAAAAGAAUACCUGAACCUGUCCUCUCGUCUAUGUUUCAAAAGCUCCUUCAUGGGUUAAGCUACUUGCAUGGAGUUAGACAUUUAGUGCACAGAGACAUAAAGCCAGCAAAUUUGCUUGUGAAUCUGAAGGGGGAGCCAAAAAUAACAGAUUUUGGUAUAAGUGCUGGCUUAGAGAAUUCGAUGGCAAUGUGUGCUACUUUUGUUGGAACUGUUACGUACAUGUCACCUGAGAGAAUUCGAAAUGAGAGCUAUUCUUAUCCGGCUGAUAUUUGGAGCCUUGGUCUUGCUCUCUUUGAAUGUGGUACAGGAGAAUUCCCAUAUUCAGCUAAUGAAGGACCUGUCAAUCUUAUGUUACAGAUCUUGGAUGACCCAUCUCCAUCACCAUCAAAACUCAAUUUUUCAACAGAGUUCUGCUCAUUUAUCGAUGCUUGCUUGCAGAAGGAUGCAGAUGCAAGGCCAACAGCAGAGCAGUUACUUUCACACCCCUUUAUUAUGAAGUAUGAGCACUCCAGAGUAGAUUUAGCAGCAUUUGUCCAAAGCGUUUUUGAUCCAACACAAAGAAUGAAGGACUUGGCAGAUAUGCUGACGAUACAUUAUUACUUACUCUUUGAUGGACCUGAUGAACACUUGCAGCACAUAAAGACCUUAUACAAAGAAGGUUCAACUUUCAGUUUCUCUGGCAAACACUCUGUUGGUCCAAAUGAUAUUUUUACAGCUCUGUCAAGCAUCCGGAGUACAUUAGCAGGUGACUGGCCUCCUGAAAAACUUGUGCAUGUUGUGGAAAAACUUCAGUGUCGUGCUCAUGGUCAAGAUGGAGUUGCCAUUAGGGUAUCAGGAUCCUUCAUUGUUGGGAAUCAAUUCCUUAUUUGUGGAGAUGGUGUACAAGUAGAGGGUUUACCAAAUUUCAAAGAUCUCUCCAUUGAUCUAUCUAGUAAGAGAAUGGGAACGUUCCGUGAACAGUUCAUAAUGGAACCAAGCAGUCACAUUGGGCGUUACUUCAUUGCUAAACAGGAGCUGUAUAUUACCCAGUAGAGAACAAACUAACAUCAAGGAUCCUGUCCUCCCAGAUAUUACAACCGUGACACUUACAAGAUGAAGCUAACAAACUCUUCUCCAGAGUGUAUAGUCCCACUUCAUAGACACAAAUUAUUGUCAUUACAUAUUAAUUCAUGUAGUGAAAAUGUAUUAUAUGGUUGUAAAAAACUUACGUUUAUUUGGGUUGGCAUAGUGUCAAAGUGAAACCAUGUAUACUGCCAAAACAUUUAUUAGUGUCAAUCCGACCUGUUUUGCUCCUUGUAAGUUUGUUUACUUGUGUUCCUUGCAAAUAUGUAUCUUAACAAAUCUUUAAUGCAUCAGUAACACUGUAAUGUAAUAUAUCCAAAGUUUUUUAGUUUU